AUGUUCCCGGGAGUUUUCUAUGCACUGCUGGCGGGUUUCCUCGGAGCCGUGGCCUCGUCGUCGGCCAAACUGUCCCUGGGAGCCGACUACCUGAAGGGAGUCUGUGAAACCGGACUCCGGACGUGGGGGGAGCAGCGGAAAUUUCGCCAAGCGGACGAAACUACCGCCUGCGACCGGCUCCACAUCCCUCUGAGGCUGUUGUGUGGCGGGCUGCUCUUCACCUGUAACGCUGUGAUGUGGACCUUCCUGGCCAAAGCUCUCAGGUAUUCCUCCUCAUCCACCCGAACCACUGUGACCACCACUGCCUCCAACUUCAUAUCUUCCGCUUUCCUGGGGCAGCUGAUCUUCGGGGAGCCACAGAUCACGCUGUGGUGGGUGGGCAUCUCUCUCACCUUCUCGGGUCUGCUGGUCCUGCAGAGGGUCUCGCCACAGGACUCACAACAGCAGCACGCCGUCGCUGCUAAGGACGAAUAA